AGCUGUGGUGGCGGGCUCGCGCUGCUGAGACAGGCAGAGCUCUGCGCGCGCUCACGGACUCGCUCUCAGCCACACACACACACAUACACACACACUCUCCCCCCAAACAAAGAGAAGCACGCGAGGCAGCGCAGCAUCAUCUCACCCUUUCAGCCGCGAGAGCACGCACACUCUCAAAUACCCCCAUCCCCCCCCACCAGAACCGGUCCGGUCCCAGGCUCGCGCGCACAGAUCCGACCAUGAGCACCAACGGCGCCAGUAACGGAACCAGCGACAUGCUGCAGAUCCAGUUCGGGCUCAUCAACUGCGGGAACAAGUACCUGACGGCGGAGACGUUCGGCUUCAAGAUCAACGCGUCCGCCUCGAGCAUGAAGAAGAAGCAGAUCUGGACCCUGGAGCAAAGCGGCGACGAGUCCAACGGCAACGUGUUCGUGCUCAAGUCACAUCUGGGCCGGUACAUCGCCGCCGACAAGGACGGGAACGUCACCGGGGACAGCGAGAGCCCGGGCCCGGAGUGCCGCUUCGUCAUCACCGCGCACGAUGACGGCCGCUGGUCGCUGCUGUCCGAGCCGCACGGCCGCUACCUGGGCGGCACCGAGGACCGGAUCAUCUGCUUCGCGCAGACCGCGUCCGUGGCGGAGAAGUGGAGCGUGCACAUCGCCAUGCACCCGCAGGUGAACAUCUUCAGCAUGACGCGCAAGCGGUACGCGCACCUGAGCUCCAAGGUGGACGAGAUCGCCAUCGACCGGGACGUCCCGUGGGGGGUGGACUCCAUGAUCACGCUGGUGUUCCGGGAGCAGCGGUACCACCUGCAGACCUCCGACAACCGCUUCCUGAGCAGCGACGGCGCGCUGCUCGCCGCCACGGACCGGAGCACCGGCUACACGCUGGAGUUCCGCUCCGGUAAGGUGGCCUUCAGGGACUGUGGCGGCAAGUACCUCGCGCCCUCCGGACCCUCCGGCACCAUGAAGUCCGGCAAGAGCGCGCGCGUGGGCAAGGACGAGCUGUUCGUGCUGGAGCAGAGUCACCCACAGGUGGUGCUGACCGCGGCCAACGAGAGGAACGUCUCCACCCGGCAAGGUAUGGACUUGUCAGCCAAUCAGGACGAGGAAGGCGACCAGGAGGUUUUCCAGGUGGAGAUUUGCCGCGAAAACAGGAAGUGUGCGUUCCGGACUGCUGCCGGGAAAUACUGGACCCUCACUGCUAACGGCGGCCUGCAGUGCACCGCCUCCACCAAGUCGGCUAAUUGCUACUUUGACAUCGAGUGGCGUGGGAAGAGGCUGACUCUCCGGGCCGCCAACGGGAAAUAUGUCGCCGCCAAGAAGAACGGCCAGCUCGCAGCCACCAUCGACUCGGCAGGUGAGAGCGAGGAGUUCAUCAUGAAGCUGAUCAACCGCCCGAUCAUCGUGCUGCGCGGCGAGCACGGCUUCAUCGGCUGCAGGAAGGUGACGGGAACGCUGGACUCCAACCGCUCCACCUACGACUACUUCACCCUGGAGUUCAGAGACGGCGCCUACAGUCUGCAAGACUCCACGGGUAAAUACUGGAUGAUCGGGAACGAGCAGUCGGUGGUGAGCAGCAGCGACACGCCCGUCGACUUCCUCUUCGAGUUCUGCGACUACAACAAGCUGGCCGUGCGCCACGCCGCCGACGGCAAGUACCUGCGCGGCGACCACGCCGGGGUGCUGAAGGCCAACGCCGACAGCCUGGAGACCGCCACGCUCUGGGAGUACUGAGGGAAACCACGCCGGUUGCCCACUGCUGCGAUGCUGAUGAUUGAAUGAAUGAAGUGUGGCGACCCAGCACGACAGCACUACCUGUCCGUACAUCUACCUAUCCACCCCCCCCCGCCCCGCCCCUUCCUCCUCUCAUCCCCUGCAUCAUGUCCUUUACGUCUGACUUUAUGUUGAUAAACUGCACAGGGAGAACAGGAAGGAUAGAAGGAGAAGACGAGAAGGAGAAGGAGACGCCUCUCUCUCUCUCCCGACUCUCCCUUUCCUUCCUUUUAUCCUUCCUCCCUUUCCCAGCUCUGCUCUGCAGUGCCGACCUUUAUCUGUUGCCAUAGUUACCGAGGGGCUGUGCACUUUUUUUCUGCUCCGAUCUGAUUCGCUGCUCGACCCGCCACUCACUCCCUCACUCCCUCCCUCCCUCCUUUGCCUUACGAUUGGGCCGUCCCUCCCCCAGAGCAGAGCAGAGCCACGUUUAAAGAGCCCCCCUCUCUCACCUCCCCCUUGUCUUUCUACCUGUUAUCGGUGUGGGCAGCAUGGUGGCAGUAUUUAUGGUGUCCGACCCGGUCUGGUCCGGCAGAGCCACUUCUACCUGAUCCAAUCUCCCAGAACAGACUCGCUCCUGGUUUGAAUCUGCUCCUUCAGGGCUUCAUCCACACGACUACGUUUGAGUUUAGAAAUGCUGCUGGUCCCGUUUUCACUCCAGAGCUGCAUUUAAGUCUGAACGGGCAGAAACGGAGUUUGGAGAAAGACGUAGUCGUGUGGAUGUCGCCUGCGGAAAGAAGGAGAAAGUGGGUGAGUUCUGGUUCUGAUUGGUUCAUGUGGAAACCGAUUUUUUUUUUCUGCUUCCACCAGACCGAGCCGAGUAUGUUUUGUUUUCCUGAGCGGGCCUCGUGGCCUCCGUGUGAUAUAACUGGAAUGGAUCUUAUAACCAUAUGGAACCCGAUGUAACUGAGGGGUUUAAAGCCCCUCGUCUCCUCAUCUCAAGUGUAAGAUAUUGAAAUGUAAACCAGUUUCCCGUGGCGUCCUCCUGCUCUGUGGUUGGCGGAGGCGUCUCGUUUCCUGAACCAAACAGGAUGUAGGAAGUUAAAACACGUAUCCUCCCUUUCCCCCCUCCCCUCACCCCCACCCCCCCCCACAAGCCAAACCCAUUGUCCCGAGAACUGUAUAAAGAAAAAUUUAAAAAAAAUAAAUAAAAAAGUUGCGGUCACGUAUGUUCACUGCACUCACAAGGUGGAAAACACAGUUGGAUAAAUUUCUUUUUUUUUCUAUGUCCAAGGCACAGACAUUAUCAUGGGUAGGAGGACAGGCGGUGGCCAUAGCAACGGGAGGGAAAUGAUUUAUAGAUCCUUUUUGAAAGCUGCUCUUUGAAUCCCUCAACCAAACCUAAACCUCAGCCUUCAUCCGCACCAAACCUCUCUUGAUAACUGGAUCAACAAGCCGUCAUCUCACACACACAUAACUGGAACCCUGGUGUCGAGAAACGCCAUCUCACAGACCUUCUCCCCCCCCCCACCACACACACACACACACCUGAGAGCCUUGCCAUUAAAACCAAAAGGGCUGCGAGAGCCCGUAACUCAUAAACAACCUAAACCCGCUUUUUUCUUUUGUUUUGAACUUCUGUCCGAGCUUCGAGGAGCGGUUGUCCCGACGUCACGUUUCUAUUUGUGUUGGAUGUUUUAUGUUCCUGACUCGUCGGUGCAGGUGGAGAAGGGAAGUUAUGCAGCCGUGUAGCACAUUGCACCCGUGGGUCCUGCCCUCCAGGAUUCUCAACCCUUUUGUCGGCCUGUUUUUUCUCCCUAAUGCGUAAAGCAGCAGUGGGUUUUUCCUUAAUUUGUCUUUUUUUACAGUACAGUGAAGUUUACCUUGGCCCGCGGCUCAGAGCUACUGGGCUCUUCAUCGUCAUGAAUACAUUCCUCUGAUGUGGAAAAUCAGAACAGGAAACCGAUCAGUGCAGGACCGUGAAACGUUCUUGUAGCCGACUCUGAACCAAGUCCGUCCCGUGUUCUUUCUGAAGUUUUGACCGUUUUUUUGCGAGGAAGGGCUGAGAAUCUGAAGCGAAUAAGAGGACUGGUUAUCCUCGGAGAAACCAGCGUCUCCGGGGUAACUGGGACCAAUGCUUAGACAAACGGAUGUGGGAGGGUAAACAUGUGGUAAUGACUGUGCCUUACUCUUGAGUUUUUGGGCAGUAGUUUGAAAAAAAAAAAGAAGAUGGAAAGAAAAAGAAUCCACAUCUUUGCUUUGUAUAACUGGAAAGUCCUUUUGUAUUAUUAUUUUGUAUGUUUUUUUUCUUUUCAAUAUUGUGGAUUAAUCUCUCUUGUGCCAUUGGUUCACCUGAAAUCCAACGACCAAUAAAACUGGGAUUUGGAAGCUA